CAGAAUGUUGCUAUCUUUGAUCUUGAUUUCGAUGCUAUCCUUGCUGCCAUGUAUGCUGUGACUGAUAGUGCCGAGGGUGACUGUUACCUGUGUGUUCCGCCCGACCCGGGCAUUGAGGCUGCUGCUCUAGGUGCUAGUGAGUCUGCUGCUCCAGGUGCUAGUGAGUCUGCUGCUCCAGGUGCUGUUGAGUCUGCUCUCUCUGGUACUGCACCUACUGAGGCCUUGCACACUUUCACACUUGACUCAGGUGCUUCGCGCUCUUUCUUUCGCGACAGCACCACGCUCACGCCGCUCAGUCGGCCUGUUGCGGUCUCCCUGGCUGACCCCUCUGGGGGCCCAGUCCUUGCGCACUCCUCCACGGUUCUCCCGUGUCCUGCGGCUCCGUCCGGCUCGCUGUCUGGUCUUCACCUCCCCUCGUUCUCUACGAACUUGGUGGCGGGUGCUGAUCUUCAAGACGGGGGUGUCCACCAAGGCAUGGCCUCCCGUGUCCUUGUCUCAGGUCUUCCCCCCUCCCUCCCUCCCCUUCCUCCGGGGCCUGCCCCUACCUGUGUUCCCUGUGUUGAGGGCCGGCAGCGCGCCGCUCCUCACUCCUCUGAGUUUCCUCCGACAGAGGCUCCUCUGCAGACUCUCCACAUGGACGUGUGGGGCCCAGCCCGCGUCCGUGGACAGGGUCACGAGCGUUACUUCCUACUGGUUGUUGACGACUACUCGCGUUACACCACAGUCUUCCCCUUGCGCCGCAAGGGUGAGGUCACUGAGGUGUUGAUCGACUGGAUCCGCGCUGCUCGUCUCCAGCUCAGAGAGAGUUUCGGCUCGGACUUUCCUGUUCUGCGUCUGCACUCAGACAGAGGUGGUGAGUUUUCCUCCGACCUUCUGAGGGCUUUCUGUCGUGCGGAGGGCAUCCGCCAGACGUUCACGCUUCCGGCCUCCCCACAGCAAAAUGGGAUUGCUGAGCGCCGCAUUGGCAUGGUCAUGGACGUUGCUCGCACGUCCAUGAUCCAUGCGGCUGCUCCCCAUUUUCUGUGGCCGUUCGCUGUUCAGUACGCUGCGCAUCAGAUCAACCUUCAGCCUCGUGUCUCCUUGCCGGAGACCACACCUACUCUGCGGUGGACGGGGAAGGUUGGUGAUGCGUCUGUGUACCGUGUCUGGGGAUCUCGAGCUUUUGUCCGCGAUACUUCCGCGGACAAGCUGUCCUCUCGUGCUGUUCCCUGCGUUUUCCUUGGCUUCCCCCCUGACGCCCCUGGGUGGCAGUUUUACCACCCCACCUCGCGCCGUGUUCUGUCCUCUCAGGACGUCACGUUUGACGAGUCGGUCUCCUACUACCGUCUCUUUCCCUACCGCACUGCCCCUCUUCCCCCCCCGCCGCUCUUCCUCGCACCAGGUACUCCUCCGGUAGACCCCCUCCCCCCUCAGGGUCCUGCCCCUUCAGGUGUGUCCCAGGUAGACCCUGUCGAGCCGGUCGAGGUAGCUGUUGACUCUGGUGCUGCCAGGGGUGCGGUGCCUGGGGGUGCUGAGCCUGGGGGUGCUGUGCCUGGGGUUGCUGAGUCUGGGGGUGCUGAGUCUGGGGGUGCUGAGCCUGGGGGUGCUGAGCCUGGGGUUGCUGAGUCUGGGGGUGCUGAGACUGGAGCUACUGGUGGUGCUACUGGAGGUGUUGCUGGUGCUGGAGCUGCUGGAGGUGCUGCUGGUGCUGGAGCUGCUGGAGGUGCUGCUGGUGCUGGAGCUGCUGGUGGUGCUGCUGGAGGUGCUGCUAGUGCUGGAGCUGCUGGAGGUGCUGCUGGUGCUGGAGCUGCUGGAGGUGCUGCUGGUGCUGGAGCUGCUGGAGCCGCUGGUCCUGGAGUCUGA